AUGGAGGAUGCUGAAGCCAACGGUGCCGACGGUGCCGACGGCGACGGUGAGGAAGGUGAUGGGAAGAAGCGCGUCAAGCGCAAGAUAGCGAUUGUUGUUGGUUUCAUCGGAACGAGGUACCGUGGUCUGAUGAUCAAUCCAGAGGUGGAGCCAACGGUAACGAAGAAGUCCGUGGAGGAGUUUCUGCGGGUUGCCAUGGUGAAAGCUGGCAUCGUCAGUGACAUCAACUCUCAGAAGCUGGAGCAGAAGGUUGGCUGGAGCCGCUCCAGCCGAACAGAUGCUGGGGUCAGCGCGCUUCGCCUGGUGAUUUCGGCAAGGCUCUGUGUGGAACCGGACAGCAUCGACGAAGCGGGCUUCAGCCGAGAACUGGUCGACCAGAUCAACCUGGGCCUGCCUGAAGACAUUCGCUGCUUCAGUGCCAGGAAGGUGCCCAACAGCUUCGAUGCCAAGCAUGCCUGUUCCUGGCGAGAGUAUGAGUACAUUCUCCCGACACACCUGGCAAAGCCGGUGAGUGCAUCGCCAGAUGAUGAGCCAUCUGCCGAUGCCUUGGCAGCCAAGCUCGAAGCUGUUAUGCGCCGCUUCGAAGGUUGCCACUCCUUUCACAACUACACACGCCUCAAGGCAUCGGACUGUCUGCCCAGGAAGCCGUCGGAAGGAGAGACUGGCAAGGGAAAGGGGAAGAAAGGGAAAGGGAAGGGCAAGGGGAAGGGGAAGGGCAAAGGAAAGGAGAAAGGCAAAGAGAAGCAGAAGGCUCUGAAGCGGAAGGCCUCCGAGGCCUUCCAGGAGGAGCCGGAGCCGACGGAGGGCGGAGCCCCAGAGGAGUCCAGGCAAGCUGAAGCCGAUGCAGAGGUGCCUUCGGCUGACAAUGAAGUUGCAGAGCAUCUCGAUGCUCCAACGGGUGAAGAAGGUGCAGUUCCCUCGCAAGAUGCGGGGGAUCCUGGCGAAGCUCUCCCCGCCGAGGCUCCGAGAGGCCAGGGCCCGUGGGUCGAAGUCUGCGCCAAGGAUGCGAGCAGCGGCGCCUGGCGAAGUCGGCCGGAUCACGUCUUGAAGCACACGCAGAGCACCAUGCACAUGAUCUCGGUGGAACCAACAUUGGAAGGCAAACUGUUGAGAAUCGUGCUUCGCGGCCAGUUCUUCCUCUACAACCAGAUUCGGUUGAUGGUCGGCACUGCUGUUGCCAUUGUAGCCGGGGUCUUGCAGGAGGAGAUGCUAGAGACCGCACUGACGCUCACCACGGAGAUGCACAUGCCAAUGGCCCCGGCAACGGGUCUGUUGCUGCGCACCGCCGGCUUUUCACGAUUAGACAACCGAGCUGGUGCUUGUGCUAUGGACCCAAAGCAGGCAGAAGAGUGUAUGCUGCCUUCCGACGGCUUUGUGCUGAUGGAUGACCAGGCUUCCCAAAUGGCGCAAGGGUUUGUCAAAAACGUGGAGAAGGACAUGGACGUCCAGUGGAGAGAAAGCGGUGAGGGCGAUGCUUGGGUUGCCAAGAUGGCUUUUAUCAAGGCUCCAACAGGGGCGGUCCUCGAGGAGCUGCGGGCGAUGCGGGCCAAAGUGCUGCAGGACCAGGCAGAAUUCCGGGCAUCACAGGACAUGAAGGAUACUAAACGCCGUGAAGCACAAUUGGAUUCACUGGGCGAAAGGUCUUCAGCAGGACUGCUUCCGAGAAGGUUUGCCGCAGACCUGAUGGUGCGCUUCCGCUUGGUGCCAGGCUGGCGUGUGAACAACAUCCAAGAAGGACUCGUCGUACGAAUAAGACAGUGGCAUCAAGAUCCAUCCCAGAAGCCGCCGAACAUGUCCAUGCCUCCGGAGACAAAGGAGCUGCUGGCGUACUGCGCAUCAGUGGGGCUCGACGAGUUGUCCAGCGAGGGCAUGAGCCGUGCAUGA